CCGCUUGCCGCACGAGCCCUGCCUAAGCCCCACCCAAAGCCCGGCGCCGUCUUCUCGCGAGAUCAGGCCGCGCGACCGGAAACAGCCGCGACCCCGGAAGUCCUCACGGGUACAACUAGUCCAUACGAUCUCACCCCCCCUGCUCCGCCCUGAGGGGUGUGCUGCCCGACUGGCCAUGGACGACACCCUGUUCCAGUUGAAGUUCACAGCGAAGCAGCUAGAGAAGCUGGCCAAGAAGGCCGAGAAGGACUCCAAGGCUGAGCAGGCCAAGGUGAAGAAGGCCCUUCAGCAGAAAAACGUGGAGUGUGCCCGCGUGUAUGCUGAAAAUGCCAUCCGCAAGAAGAAUGAGGGUGUAAACUGGCUCCGGAUGGCGUCCCGUGUGGAUGCAGUAGCCUCCAAGGUGCAGACAGCGGUGACCAUGAAGGGGGUGACUAAGAACAUGGCACAGGUGACUAAAGCUCUGGACAAGGCCCUGAGUGCCAUGGACCUUCAGAAGGUGUCUGCAGUGAUGGACAGGUUUGAGCAGCAGGUGCAGAGCCUGGAUGUGCACACGUCGGUAAUGGAGGAUUCUGUGAGCUCUGCCACCACACUCACCACACCUCAGGAGCAGGUCGACAGCCUCAUUGUGCAGAUUGCUGAGGAAAAUGGCCUGGAGGUCCUAGACCAACUUAGCCAGCUUCCAGAGGGAGCCUCUGCUGUGGGUGAAAGCUCUGUGCGCAGCCAGGAGGACCAGCUGUCUCGGAGGUUGGCUGCCCUGAGGAAUUAGCACGCCCUUGCUGCCUCCCUGGCCCUUGUGAUGUACUGGAGGCCUCCGCCCCACUCUGCAUUCAAUUCUCCAACCCUUCCUAGCUGCCUUGGCUCUCUUCCAACCUGUCAGGCUGCUGCCUUAGAACUGAGCCUUAGGUUGGGCAGCCGGGCUCUGUCCUGGUGUUGAAUUUGCACAA